UGCCAGUAGCGGAGCUCCUCCAACUUCUCCGCAGCAGCAGUAGCCCACAUCCACCCGGAGCAGCGGGGCGUGGACUCAGACCCUCCAUUCCCUGCUCUUAAAUCUGAGGAGACGGCAGACUUUUCGGUAGGAGGAAGGAAAGGAGACGGAGAGAGAGAGAAAGGAAAAAAAAUUGGAGAAACCGAGAAGGAAUCGAUCAUCAGCUGGAUUUAUGUUCCUGAUCUUUAAAAGGGAGUGAAGUGAAGCCGCCUACUGUACCAAACACCCAUGGAUGACAUCUUCACGCAGUGUCGAGAAGGCAACUCUGUGGCGGUUCGUCUGUGGCUGGACAAUACAGAGAAUGACCUCAAUCUGGGUGAUGAUCAUGGCUUCAGCCCGCUCCACUGGGCAUGCAGGGAAGGGAGGAGCGGCGUGGUCGACAUGCUCAUCAUGAGAGGGGCUCGUAUUAAUGUGAUGAACCGUGGAGACGAUACGCCGUUGCACCUCGCCGCCAGUCACGGACACAGAGACAUUGUGGCUAAGCUGAUCCAGUGCAAAGCAGACCCCAAUACAGUCAACGAGCAUGGAAACACCCCGCUCCACUACGCCUGCUUCUGGGGCCAGGAUGAAGUGGCAGAGGACUUGGUGACUAGUGGUGCCCAGGUGUGUAUAUGUAACAGAUACGGACAGACACCUCUGGAUAAGGCCAAGCCUCACCUAAGACAGCUGCUACAAGAAAAGGCAGAGAAGUUGGGUCAGAGUAUGACCAAAGUCCCAUACAAGGAAACUUUCUGGAAGGGCACCAUGAGGACACGACCUCGUAAUGGUACCCUCAACAAGCAGGCUGGUAUCGAUUAUAAGCAGCUUUCACUCCUGGCAAAGAUCAAUGAAAACCAGUCCGGAGAGUUAUGGCAGGGGCGGUGGCAAGGGGAUGAGAUUGUAGUGAAGGUGCUACAGGUGAGAGACUGGACCACCAGGAAGAGCAGAGACUUUAACGAGGAGCAUCCCAAACUAAGGAUCUUUUCACAUCCAAACAUUCUGCCUGUUCUUGGAGCCUGUCAGUCACCUCCAUCCCCUCAUCCCAUCAUCAUUACCCACUACAUGCCAUACGGAUCCCUCUACAACAUCCUCCACCAGGGCACAACUCUGGUGGUCGACCAAAGCCAAGCAGUAAAGUUUGCAUUGGACAUCGCCAGCGGCAUGGCUUUCCUCCACACCUUAGAGCCAAUGGUCUCACGGCUUUACCUCAACAGUAAGCACAUCAUGAUUGAUGAGGACAUGACAGCCAGAAUAAGUAUGGCAGAUGCUAAGUUCUCCUUCCAGUGCCCUGGUCGUAUGUACUCUCCAGCAUGGAUGGCCCCUGAAGCCUUGCAGAAGAGGCCUGAGGACAUCAACAGAAGAUCCGCGGACAUGUGGAGCUUUGCAGUGUUACUGUGGGAGCUGGUUACCAGAGAAGUCCCAUUUGCUGACCUCUCACACAUGGAGAUUGGUAUGAAGGUGGCUCUCGAAGGGCUUCGGCCAACCAUUCCACCGGGGAUUUCGCCUCACAUCUGUAAACUGAUGAGGCUCUGUAUGAACGAAGACCCAGCCAAGAGGCCCAAGUUUGACAUGAUCGUCCCUAUCUUGGAGAAGAUGCAAGACAAGUGAAUGCCACAGCAGCAAUUUCUGUUCUAUAUGUGUUUUUUUUUUUUUUUUUCAUCGAACCACUGCUUAUCUUCACUUUAGUCAUGUAUCUGCUAAGCCACUGUAAAUAAUGCCAGAAACCACUUUAGCCACACACAGUUCAAACAUAAAGUAUUGUAUUGCUUUUCUUUGUGUAAGUUAAAUAUGAGGUUUAAAUGUUCUUUCCCUUUGUCGCUCUUUUAUUAUAACCAAAGCAUGAUCGCUGAACUAUCAGCAAAACUUUCUAAUCCAGUGUGGAUUAUAUUCAGUGAUCAGUCUGACAGAAACAGAUCCAAAGAAAUGUGUAUAGAAUCAGUGCUUUUUAUACACGUUAGCAAUUGCCAAUGCAAUAAAUAUUUUAUAUUUAUGACA